AUGUUUCCCAUCACAUGCAAUGCAUUCGGCGACAUAAUCGCAGUCGUGCAUCUUGUAUGGGACGUGGUUAUCGCACUGGACGACGCGCGCGGUGCUACCGAAGAUUACAGACAAUUCGUGCAUGUACUCAAGACGCUCGCUACGGUGAUGGAAGAAUGUUAUUGCCUAGCCAAUAACUGCCAGAACGGGGGCUUAAAGCUAGCAGUGCUUGCGGAGGUCCAACGCGUAUGUGGUGAUAUCAGUCGCGCGACGGACAGCAUAGUCGGUUACGAUAGGCUUGCUGAGACCUCAUCCCGCUCGCCUCGCGAGAUUCUCGUUAAGCUCAGAUGGCGCUUCUUGAAAGCACCCGAUGCGUACAAGUAUGUUAGGUGCUUCAACGAGAGCCUUUACAGGUUGAAUACUCUCCUGAGUAUCCUUGGAUCUCAAUCUGCUUCUCAACUAUUCGUAGAGCAACGGUCUCACGCGCUACGUCUCGCGGAGACCCACGCACAGGCGCUUUACGAGUCAACUCGGGAGAUUAAAACCCUCACCCAAUCCGCUCUGCAUCAGUUGUCGACGCAAACACGACAGCAUACUGUCGAGCAGAUCAUCGGCAGGCCGUAUGCUAGAUCGGGUUUACAGGUUCAGCGCAUCCCAACUCUCGCGCACUGUCUGAUGAACGCGAUCUUUGGUGAUGCGCCCUCGCACAGCUCGCACGUACACCGCGAGAUGUUCCUAUCAAUCCUGGCGCCCUUUGCGAUCACCGGCGCCGUAUUUGCGAUACACACCAAUAUGGAUCCUCGCUGGCGAGUGCCAUCUCUUUGGGCAACUGUUGUUGCACUUGUGGUGCAAGUCCUUUGGCUUAGAUGCUCUCCUCCUGCGGCCCCGGGAUUCAGCUAUGAGAACUCUAUCACUCUCAUCGACGCCCUUGGAGAACGUAUAACGGUGCCUUGCCACUUCUGUACUUCACCUGAGGUGUUCCAUCAGUUUCUGGACCUUCUAUAUGCAGGUACAGGCCGUGACGGGAAGGAGUUUGUACAGAAGAAGCAUUAUGAGCUCUAUUCUCCUAGAACGACUCAAGUGAUCACGGAGAACAUCUGGCUCUCCUGUACUCAACCCGGUCACACAAUUGAGAUGGGCGUGAUUCUCACCGAUUGCGACGGCGACCUGGACCCUCCAGAAGAGGGAUGUACGUACUGCUUUCAAGAGGGCUACGAACUGGAUAUGAAACAGGCUAUUUGCCCCCUGUGCUUGCGCGACUAUCAAGAGACGAGAGAAGAUUCUUCGCACGACACCUUUUGGAUUAUUGCGGUCCAUCACGAAGAGAGAACGUUGGGAACCUAUGAUUCUGGCGGCCUAGGAGCGGAUGCAGAACGUUUCUCAGACUCGCGCAGGCCCAUUUCGUACCUUCUCAAGUUUCUUGUGGCGAUGAGGCUGUGGGGCGAGUAG